CUGACAAAAUCAAAACAAUCGCAGGAAAUAUUGGUGUUGAUAAUGCUGGUUUUGAUUCCGUUGUCUAUCGAUAUAUUAUUUUGUGUUUAGUUUAUACAUCGAUUAAGCUGUAGUCAGUUCUCGCUUUGAAAGCUACCAGUGCUCCCUGUAAUGAAAUACAAGACCUGGUGAUUAACAGCAACUUGGGUUUGUGUGAAGUUGUCUAUAAUUUUGAAAGUGCUGGGAACUUGCUGUGCUCGCCGACACUUUACUUGAACGUGCUAUGUUUUUAUGAACUGAAAUACGUAAUCAAAAUGGCAAUGGCCAUGGAACGAACUGGGUCACAUCAUGCUAGUCAAGGCAGUAGAUCUACAAUCAACGUGACUGUUCCCAGUGAACAUUCUUUACAGCAGUUGCCCCGUGUACCCAAUCCAAUUGGUGCGGCUGAACCUGCUGAAAGCCAGGGGGUACUUAGUGAUAGAGAUGUCAGUAGAAUUCUUGCCACUCGUAUCCUAGAGAGGGCAUGGUGUUCUUAUAGAGACAGGCAAAUGUUUCGUCUCCUGAAACAUGCUGUUUGUGCUGCUGAACAUUCACUAUCACAUGAAAUUUUACGAAAGGUCUGUCCUUCGGAGGCACAGUUUCUAAGAGAUUCUAGUGUUCAAGUGAGGGUUAGAUUUAGGUUUGGUGGUACUGAAUUUCCCCCAUUUAUAUUGUUUAAAAUUUACAUGCAUACGGGUGGACAAGGUGUUAAAUAUAUCAGUGGAAAGAAAUGUAUUAGACCUGCAUCUGAGGCAGCUGAGGAUGCAUGUCGACUUAUGGGACAUAGGAAUUUUUAUGAUCAGAUGAUAACUGAUGCUUGUCAACAUGACAAAAGUAAAAUUACAGAUGAAAUAGAUGUAACAACUAUGAAAGACUAUAUGCAGUAUUUGAGUAAUUUAGAUGAACUACCAGCAACAUUAGGUGGUAAAGACAACCACUGGAGGAAGCUUGAUCUCUCUGCACUACCCAGAACUACAAUACUGUAUGACAUAGUAGAUUACAUGAGAUGUGGUAGUCCAUCUGAUAGACUUCGAAAAGAAAUGCCAUUACUUAUGGCACGUCCUAUCACGCAGGAAAUACAGCUAGCGCACAUUAGAACAAUAUCACAGCUGAGAUCUAUUCCAAUUACACCAGCACCCACACCAAAAUCUGGACUAGCGAGUCGACAAAGUAUUCCUGGACUUUCAGCCAGGAGAUCUAGACAAGCAAAGGAACGUGCAUAUAAAAUGCGUCAAGUAUAUACCAUGCCUCUAGAUCAUAAGCAGGCAGAUGGUGACAUUGAGAAUUCCUUUCGCAGAGAAAAAACUGUACCAGCGAACAUGCCAGGAAAAACAGAAGAUAUUCAGGAAGAUGCAGAGGAAGAGGAUUGGGAAAAGGAAGCAGAUAAACUAUAUACAUGGACUCAGGGAUUAUCAGUUGAUGACCUUGGAAUGUUUUCACCUUUUUGA